UGGAAAAUGAACUCUUUAGUGAAAUGUGCGCUCGUCUUCUUUGUGCUCGUCUCCAUCGUCCUUAACAUCGUUCUGAUUGGCAUUCCCUUCAGCAGGGCACCCAAAUGUGCUGCUCAGCGCGUCCACCCGCUGCUGGGCAAGCACGACGACCACAGCCUUGUGUUCGCGGACCUCACCAAGGAGGAGUACACGCAGGUCCAGCAGUACAUGCUGCGUCAGAAAGACUUGGACAUAUCCACCAACCUACUCACCAAACCAUCUGGAAAUUAUUUGUUCUUAAUAGACCUCUCUUUGCCAAAGAAAGCUGACGCGCUGGCUUACUUAAACGACAAAGGUCCCAAGCCAGUGAAGGAGGCGACGGUGGUCGUGUUCCACGGGGCCCAGGGCUACAUCAAGGAGAACCUUGUAUGGCCUCUUCCUAACCCGACCCACCACAGAGAUGUCACCACAGACAGGUAUAAGGAGGGGCUGCCCAUCAAUGCGCGCACAGUCACUGUCGGUGAAUACGCUUUACUUUUCCGGUUUUUGGAUGUUGAAGUUUUUUCCCACCUAAAGAAGCUCCUGAAAGAGAGUUUCAACUAUGACGACAAGAGGCUGAACGCGUUUGAGCAGAUGCCCCGCGGAGUCCGGUCCGGGGACAGACAGACCUGGAUCGCCUUCCACAGAUAUGCGAGCAGCAUGUACAUCCAGCCGGUGGGCUUCGAGGUGCUGGUCGACCACAAGAGCGUCAACGCGUCCGACUGGGAGGUCAAGCGGCUGCUUUAUAACGGUGCGUACUUUCACACUGUGGCAGAUCUUCAAAAGAAAUAUGACAGUGGAUCCGUCAAGAAGAUAGUAUAUAAGGAGUCCCCUGAUUAUGGCUCUCUGAAACCCAGGACCAAGCCUCUGCAAGUGGCCCCGCAGCAGUUCUACAUGGAGGGGAAGCGCUUCAGUGUGAACCACAACCAGGUCCUGUACCUGGACUGGAGCUUCGCCUUCGGGUUGAGCUCUCUCACGGGCAUGAGGGUGUUUGAUGUCCGAUUCAAGGGUGAGAGGAUAGCCUACGAGCUGAGCGUACAAGAGGCCAUGUCGGUGUACGGCUCCGUGACACCAGGGAUGAUGCUCACCAAGUUUUUUGAUUCAAGCAUCGGUAUAGGGCGCUUCGCACACGAACUGGUCCGUGGCGUGGAUUGUCCCUACGCCGCCACCUACGUUGACACAUAUCGCUACAUCGAUGUCCCAGUCCCCGUCAGAUUCAGGAAUUCGAUCUGCAUCUUUGAGCACAACAUGGGUCAGCCCCUGCGGAGGCACUUCGCGGACUUUUUCCACAACAGUUAUGGAGGGAUGGUGAACAGCGCCUUGGUGUUCAGAACCAUCACAGCUAUAGGAAGCUACGACUACAUGUGGGAUUUCAUCUUCUACCAGACCGGAGCAGUGGAGGCCAAGGUGCACGCCACUGGCUACAUCUCCUCCUCUUACCUGGUGAACGGCAGUAUGACACACGGGCACCAGGUGGCGGAAAAUGUCCUGGGCAACAUCCACACCCACUUCAUCAACUUCAAAGUGGACUUGAAUAUCCAGGGCCUACAGAAUGUAUUCCAUACCAAAGACAUGAAGUUUGUUAACGUGUCUCUGCCAUGGAUGCCUGAUCACUAUGCUAUGGUCCCUCAGCUGGUGGAGAAUCAACUCAAAACAGAGCAGGAGGCAGCCCUGCGAUACAACACCAAGACUCCUCGCUACCUCCAUAUCGCCAGUGACAAGUUGAACCGCUGGGGUCACAAGCGUUCCUACAGGCUGCAGGUGUACAGCUUUGCAGGUGACCACCUUCCAGAGAGCCAGGCUGAGGAGAAGGCCAUGUCCUGGGCCAGGUAUAAGGUUGCCAUUACAAAGCAUAGGGACUCUGAGCAGACCAGCAGCAGUCUGUACAAUCAAAACAACUUCUGGUCUCCAGCUGUUGACUUCAGCAAGUACAUUGCAGACAACGAAAGCAUUGAAAAUGAGGACCUGGUUGCCUGGGUGACCGCCGGUUUCCUCCAUAUACCACAUUCAGAGGACAUCCCCAAUACUUUAACUGUGGGUAAUGGGGGUGGGGUCGUGCUGCGGCCCCACAACUACUUUGAUGAGGAUCCAUCCAUAAACUCUCCUGAUGGAGUGUACUUUGUCCCCGGCAGCGAGACUAGCUGUGGGACCAACAGGAUGGCCUGCCUUGCUAAAGGGCCCUGCAGCCCCGUGCUAGAGCCCUUCACUUACCAUGGUUUUUAUGGAACGGUAAAAUCCCAAGGGUGUCAAUGGAAAAACUAA